AUGCCGGGCAUCGAAGGUCGGGGAUACGGAAAGCCCCGCACAAAAUACCCGGAUUUCUCCCAGACCCCGUCCGGUCUUCAAUACAAGGACGUGCGGGAAGGGAAAGGAAACUCGCCCACGGUGGGGGACCGAGUGGUGAUGGAUUGGGAAGGGUACACGAUUGGCUACUACGGCCGCCCCUUCGAAGCGAAGGGGAAGACCAAAGGCGGGGCCUUCGACUCCGCCGACAAGGAAUAUCUCCGCUUCGUGCUGGGGAAAACGCCGAUGAUACCGGCCUUGGAAGAGGCCCUUCAAACCAUGAAGCCCGGGGGCAUCCGUCAG